CGCGGGCGCGCGCCCCUUGAAGACGAAAUGAACCCUAUGGACUAGACGGGCGCGCUCGGCAGUCAGGCAUCUUGGGAUUACCCACUUUUUGUGGAAGCAGCAUCGCCCACGCGUCGCGGGAGCCGCCUCCACUUCCCAUUCCUCUGGGCCCUUGCUGAAGAUCUGUCCUGAACACCAUGUUUACGUGAAUUUUCUGAUGGAGGAAAUUGGUUGCUCCUGUUUAUCAAGAUGAUUACAACACCUUUGAAACAUCCAGGAAUUCACUUGUCCUCAGAGACAUCUUCUCAAAGGGGAAAUAUGCCCAUUCAUGCUGUCUUUUUUGACAGCAUUCCUUCAGGCACACUUACUCCUGUAAAAGAUUUGGUGAAAUAUCAGAACUCCUUUUUAAAAUUGAAUAACCGUAAAAUGAAUCAAUUCCUAGAAACAACAAUUUCUAAAAAUAAAAAUAUACUUCAGUCUACCAUGCUAACAGAUGCUGCCACCUCUAAUAGUUCUCUUGAUAUCAGUGCUAUAAAGCCUAACAAGGAUGGAUUAAAAAAUAAAGCAAAGUAUGAAUCACCAGGAAAAAUAUUUCAAAGAAUGAAAGAAAAAGUAUUGCCUAACAAGCAAGAACAAGCAUCAAGAACCAGUAGUUUGUUGGAACCACAAAAAGCUGAAAGUAAUAAAAUAUUCACUCCUAAUGGAGCUGAGAAAAGAGUAUUUCAGCAUACCUACCUCUGUGAAGAAAAGGAAAACAACAAAUUAUUCCAAUCAGAAAACAGCUCACUAAGAGCCUCCAUACAAGAAGUUCCUCUAGAACCAUCAAAUAUUUUACUCCCAGUCCAGCAAAAGGUUCAGUGUCAGCAGGAAAAGAAAGUGCCUCUGCACAAUUUAACUUAUGAGCUUCCAAUUCUGAACCAGGAACAUGAAAGUAUUUUAGCCACAGGAGUCUCAAACAGGGCAUUAACUAGAGCUCAGUUGGCUAAACAAAUUCUUCAUUCAAAGGGGAAUACAGUUGCAACCACUAAGUUCAAAAAGGACACGUUUAUUUUAGGAGGCAGCGACUCAGCCUGUGAAAAAUCCCCAAGUUCUACUAUUGAGACUCUCAAUACUGACUGUGUUCAUAUUAAAAAUGGCGAUCAAUUAAUGUUUUUUGAUAGUGAGGUGACAACAAAAAGGACUUCACAACAGGAAAUUAAGGAAGGAAAUGAGAAAACAAUGCCCAGAGAGACUGAUCUUCCAGGGCCCAUAAAUGAUACAUGUAAAAUUGUGCUUGCAACUCCAAUCUUUCAUGUAACAACACCUCGAAGAUCAAAAAGAUGUGUUUCAAAGACUCCUCCUCCAAGUAUAUUUCAGACUAUUACAAAUGGAGUUAAAAAAAAUAAGGUAGUCCAGCUACAAGAAUGGAUGAUUAAAAUCAUCAACAAUAACACAGCUAUAUGUGUAGAAGGAAAAUUGAUGCACAUCACUAACGUAUAUUGGCACAGUAAUGCAAUUAUAGAACGGAUUAAGCACAACAAACUUAGGACAUUAUCAGGAAACAUUUACAUAUUAAAAGGGAUGAUAGACCAGAUUUCCAUGAAAGAAGCAGGAUAUCCAAAUUAUCUCAUAAGGAAGUUUAUGUUUGGCUUUCCAGAAAAAUGGAAAGAGUACAUCAGUAAUUUUCUGGAACAAUUAAGGGCUUGUGAAAAGGAAAAGACCAGACAAAAACAGAAAACUGGAAGAUUUGUCCCUGACCCACAAAAAUCAAUGAAAAGUGAUGCAGGAGUAAAUCAAACAGAUGUCCUCCAAAAACCUGGCACCAUUCAUGAGCUUGAUUGUGAUUAUUUGGAACUAAAGAACAGUAAAAACAGUAGGUUACCAGGAGCUACAGAAUUAAAUAUUUGCCAGAGUAAUCACCAAAAUAAUCCACCAUUAAGGCUCCCAGGUGACCAAACAAAUAAUACUAUUCAAAAUGGAGGAGGAUGUGAUUUAUCUAAUCAGGAAUUUAUGAGAAAAAAGAAAUGUAAAAAGUUGUCUUCAGAGAAACUCAAAAAUUGUGAAAGAACAAAUACAACGAUAAUUAAAAGUCAGAAGCAAGAGGGAACCGAAGAAUCGAAUGUACCCAUCGAUAUUAUCACCAGGGAACUGUCUUUCUCAGACAAAGAAAGAAAAUAUAUGGCUGCUAGUCAGAAGAAAGCUUAUGUUGUAGUAACACCACUUAAAUCUAAAAAUGUGAUAGAGCAAAAAUGCAUGAAGUAUAAUCUGUCCUCUGACAACAUUAAAGCAAUAACAAAUUUUGUAAUGCCAAAGCAUCAAAAAGAAAGUGAAUCAGACUUAAAUGAAACUACGUGUUCUAUCAGUAAGCCCAUGAAGACUUCUAAAAAUACAUUUGAUUAUGGUGUGAGUCAUAAAACUGAAAACAAGGGAGUUUGCAGUGAGCAUGAUUUACUCACUGUCAACCAGAAAAUGAAAGUAUCUAGUCCUGGAAAGAAACAAACAGUCAUCUCUGACUUUAAGAAAAACAUAAGUUUAUCAGAAUCGAAGAAAACUGAAAAUCAAGUAACUAUGUCAUUUUACAAGCAUCAGUCCUCAUCAGAUUUGUUUGUUGACAAGAGUAAAACGGAAGAGGAAAUUAGAAUGCAAGCUGGGGCUGCUAAGAAAACCAUAGCAAGAAAUACCAAAGAAACAGUGGUUCACUGGAGAAAAAGCACAAGGAAAAUCCCAGUUUCUGAAUCUGAAACUGAAGAAAGUGAAGAUGAAUUUUGUAUCAAACAAAAGAAAGCUAGAUAUUCUGCUAAAAAAAAUCCUCAGAGAUCUGGUGUUAGACAUGAGUCUCCAGUUAACACCAUGGGAUCUGAUAAGACAAAGAGUCAUUCCUUAGAACGUUUACCUGGUUUAAUUCAGGAUGAGGAAUGGAACGAAAAGGAAUUACAGAAACUUCACUGUGCUUUUGCAUCUCUUCCUAAGCACAAACCUGGUUUCUGGUCAGAUGUAGCUAUGACCGUAGGUUCUCGAUCUGCCGAAGAAUGCCAGAGGAAAUACAUGGAAGGUCCCCGAGGAAAAGGAUCCCGGAAACAUGUCACUAAGAAAAAGCCAGUCAGCCCCAAAGGCCAAGAUGGCAAGAGAGAUGAUGCUAAUAAGAAGCAAACUAUUAAGAUAACUGCCAAAGUGGGAACUCUUAAAAGGAAGCGGCAGAUGAGGGAUUUUCUGGAACAGUUGCCAAAAGAUGACCAUGAUGAUUUUUUCAGUACGACACCUUUGCAGAAUCAAAGAGUACUGUUGCCGAGUUUCCAGUGUAGUCAAGAAGAUGACAUUCUGCCUCAGAUGGACAGAAAUCCAACAACUCCGUCAUCAGUUAUUUUUCCACUGGCAAAGACCCCUCAGUGUCAGCAUGUCAGCCCUGGAAUGCUAGCCUCGAUAGAUAGGGAUGAUUGUGAUAAAUAUGUUUUUCAUAUGCAAAAAAAAGGUCAAAGUAAAGGUGGCAUUGUCUGGGGCAAUAUCAAGAAAAAAACAGAUGAAAGUGAUUUUUCAACUCCACCAUCAAGAAGAAAAGCCCCACUUAACAAAGAAUUAGGAGAAAACACUUUUACUAUUGGAAAACUUUUCACUAAUGCUAUGGAUUCUUUAGAUGAAGAAGAGAAAGAUUAUUAUUUUUCAAACUCUGAUUCUGCAGAGUAAAUAUGAGAAAAUAUUUCCAGAAUUUUCAUCAAGAAGCAGUGUAUUUGUAUCUUCAUUUGGAAUACAUAUACUUUCUUUAUAAUGUAGUUUCACAUGAAAUUGUGGACUCUUUUUCAAAGGUUUUGUGUUUGUAUCCAAAAUUAAAGAUCUUUCUAUAGAAUAUUCCUCAUUGCUAGUUUACUAAAAUAUAAGAAAAAAUUAUUUUGCUUGUAUAGAUAUUUCUAAAUUUCUGUUUUUGCUAUGUUAAAAUAUAUUUAAAUCUCUCAUAAACAUCUAAAUCUGUUUAAGAGAAUCAUGUUCCAAACCGGAUUUUUAAAAGCUUUCAAGAAAAUGUUUCUUUCCUGAAGGGAGGAAGUGGGGGAGAAUAAAAGCAGAUUGUACUGGUAGCUACUAAAUUCAUGAAAACUUUAAGUUAGCCUUUUCCACCACUUGGAAUAUAAUGUUUCAGUUACAUGUUUUUGAAACUAUUUGGUAUGGCUUCUUUUCUCCUGAUUGGUUUUCUUAAAACUUCUGGUUGUUAUAUCUAUGAAACCUAUGUAAAUUUUAUUGCUUUUUCAGUAUUUUAUUAGGUAGAAUCAAAGAACAGAUUUUGUUACAUUCUUAAGCCUUAUUUACAUAUGCAGACAUAGCUUAACUUUGAUCUCAGUAUUAAAAAGACUGGAUUAGACAAACAUUCAUGUAAUAGGGCUACCAUCAUAAGGAGUCAAGUUAAUAAGUCAUAGUAAACAUUGUUUUCCUUUCAGAUAGCUGUUUUAAAAAAUAACAAAAACUUAUUUUACCUUAUUCUACCAUUAUGUUUUAAAACUUGACAUAGAAUAUUCCCCUCUGGUUAUAGUACAUAUUCCUCUACCCUUCCUCUCCAGUUGGG